AUGGAUCUAUCUCAAAACAACUUAUCAGGUGAAAUCCCUGACAUCUUUAAGUUCUUUAAGUCUAUGAAGCUUCUCAAUUUGUCCUUCAACAAUCUCGAGGGUCCUGUACCAGCAGAUGGAAUAUUUCAGAAUGGAAGAAAGGUUUUUAUUCAAGGGAACAUGAAGUUAUGUACCAGCACGCCAUUGCUACGGGUGCCAUUUUGCAAUGCAGAGGCAUCCAAACAAUGGAAUAGCUCCAGCAUUCUCAAGAUAGUAGGAUUUACAGUUCUUUCUUUGGUCCUGUUAUCAUGCUUUGCAACCAUUAUUUUGAAGAAGAAAAAGAACUUCAAACAAGCAGCUCAUCCAUCCUGCAAAGAGUUGAAGAAGUUCACAUAUGCUAAUUUAAUGAGGGCAACAAAUGGUUUCUCAUCAGAUAACUUGAUCGGUUCAGGAAAAUAUGGGUCUGUGUACAGAGGUAGAAUUGAAUCUGAAGAACAUGAAGUUGCCAUCAAAGUUUUCAAACUCAAUCAACUCAGAGCACCAAAAAGCUUCAUUGCUGAGUGUGAAGCAUUGAGAAAUACUCGUCACAGGAAUCUUAUAAGGGUGAUUACUGCAUGCUCAACCAUUGAUCCAACAGGACAUGAUUUCAAAGCUAUUGUUCUUGAAUAUAGUGUUAACGGCGACCUGGGAAGUUGGCUCCAUCCAACAGUCCAUGAGGAUGGUCAGAGAAGGCCAUUGAGUUUCGGUACAAGAAUAGUAAUAGCAGUGGACAUAGCUGCUGCUUUGGAUUACCUCCAUAACCAAUGUGUGCCUCCUAUGGCACACUGUGAUCUGAAGCCUAGCAAUGUCCUUUUGGAUGAUUUCAUGGGCGCCCAUGUUGGCGAUUUCGGGUUGGCUAAGUUCCUGCAUAGUCAUAAUUCUUCGGACAUUCAUAGUUCUACAAGCUUAGUGGGGCCAAGAGGAUCGGUUGGAUACAUUGCACCAGGUAAUAAUUUCUAA